AUGGCUCUUCGUCGACAGACCCGCGAGAGGCGAGAAUAUAUCUUCAAGAAGUCUCAAGAAUCGCAAGAAAGAGCCAUCUAUGAGCGGAAGCAGCACAUCAAGGAUCUGCUGGCGCAGGGGAAGAGUCUACCGACGGAGAUGAGGGACGAGGCGAGGAAAGGAGCGAAGGAGCUGGUUUUGGAUGAAGCGCAAGCGGAACCGAAGAGCCAUAUCGACGAUGAGUAUGCCAAAGUCGGAACGUAUGAUCCUAAGAUCGUUGUCACCACCUCCCGAUCUCCCUCAUCCCGAUUAAUACAGUUCGCAAAGGAGCUCCGCUUAGUCUUUCCUAAUGCCCACCGCCUCAACCGCGGAAACACCACCAUGUCCGACCUCAUCCCAGCCUGUCUCUCCAACAGCAUCACCGACCUUAUCCUCGUCCACGAGCACCGAGGUGUUCCCGACGCCCUCAUCAUUUCGCAUCUCCCACACGGCCCCACCCUUUCCAUGACCCUCCACAACGUCGUUCUUCGGCAUGACGUCUCGUCACAUGCGACAAGUACGGUCAGCGAGCAGUUUCCACAUCUCAUCUUUGAGGGGUUCAGCACGCAGCUGGGCGAGAGGGUGAUGGGGAUUCUGAGGGCGCUGUUCCCGGUGCCCAAGGAGGACGCGAAGAGGGUCAUGACGUUCAUGAACGACAGCGACUUCAUCUCUUUCAGACAUCACGUCUUUGCCAAAUCGUCACAUAAGGAUGUGCAAUUAGCGGAGGUCGGGCCCAGGUUCGAGGCAAAACCUUAUGAAAUACGGCAAGGCACAGUGGACCAGGCUACCGCGGAUAUUGAAUGGCUGCUUCGGCCGUUCAUGCGGACGUCGAAGAAGCGGAAUCAACUAUAG